CGGCUCGUCGGCGUAGAACGCUGCGAGAAUUCAGUUGCUCACGAGCAUCCGCCGACUGACGAACAUGGUCUCUCACACGUCGAACAGCGCGAGUGCCGUGCUCGCGAUGUGCCGUUACGCUAUCUUCCUCGUGGUGGCAAUCGUGGCUCUUAGUAGAGCCGACAAUGCCGAAAAUGGUCUGAAGGUGGAGAAGCUCUAUAUGCCCGAAGUAUGCGACGUCAGGUCGAAGAAGGGCGACCAGCUGACCAUGCACUACACUGGCACGCUUCAGGACGGCAGCAAGUUUGACUCAAGUUUGGACAGAGAUCAGCCGUUUACGUUCCAGCUUGGUGUUGGACAAGUUAUUAAGGGUUGGGAUCAAGGUCUCUUGGAUAUGUGCGUAGGCGAGAGGAGGAAGCUAACGAUACCACCUGAGCUUGGAUAUGGUGAAAAGGGUGCUGGAAAUGUUAUUCCUGGUGGUGCUACCCUUACAUUUGAAGUUGAACUCAUGAAUAUUAGCGAUUCGCCCCCGACUGCCAAUGUCUUUAAAGAGAUUGAUGCUGACAAAGACAAUCAAUUGUCCCGCGAGGAGGUGAGAGCAAUGGUGAGCGAUUAUCUGCGGAAACAGGUGAUAGAGGCUGAGCAAGCCGGUGCUAAUGAAAAUGAAGAUGUAAAGAAAAUGCUAGCCGAUCACGAUAAACUCGUCGAGGAGAUCUUCCAACAUGAAGAUAAGGACAAGAACGGCUUCAUUUCCCACGAUGAAUUCAGUGGGCCGAAGCAUGAUGAGCUCUGAAGUCUUCGUCUCGCAUCAUCGCGUCUCCGAGCGCCCGUUGUCGACGUUGUCGUCGCCUUUGCCGUCGACGAUAUCGAUACACCCCGCGCCACCACGUGUUCACCUCUGUAUAAAAUCACCUCUUCGAGUCCCCUCUCGGGUAUUCCCGAAGAAUCCACUGAUCGAUUGCUCCCGAGCUCACGCGUGUUCAAACUCGCAAGAUCAUACAAAUUUAUCAGCAAACUUUUCUGAUUCAACAUCACUGAUACUAGCUACGACAGAGGAAUAUAAUCUUGGGAAAUUUCCAGCUCAUCGAGUCGUAUUCGUGUCCUUGGGCGCGGAAAGAAAUAAGUGAACAUUUGAUUAACAACGAAGCUUGAAAAUCCGUAAAAUAUGAAACUAAUUUUUGAAAAAUUUGGAAUAAUUUUUGGAAGUUUUGAAAACUAGUUGAUGGCCCUAACUAGCAGUUUGAAGAUUUUCUAAUUUUUUAAGCUUCUGGAUGUUCUGAAGGAUACGAUUGCAUUCGUUCAGAAUAAAAAAACUAUGAUUAUAUCUCGCGAGCCAUUUUAUACGCACAUUACUCGGGAAUCUACAAAAGGAAUCUCGAUCGACUUCCGAUGUAAUCGCCACUUGAACCUUUUUCAUCCUAGCACAUUUUACUAGGAACAUCAAUCUUUAUCGCUCAAUGAUAUAUUAUAUAUUUUUAUCAUACAAUCUCGUUUUUUAAAUUCUUUAUAGCGAUACAAUGCCGAUCUGUAGUUCUUGGAAUAUAGAAUUAUUUCUGCAAUUAUUGAAUUCUUCUAGAUUAUAUAUUGAACAUAAUUAAAAUUUUUUUAUCAAAUAAAAUGUUCGUUGGUGAAAUAUAAACUUCACAUUGUGUGCUAAAUCGUAAAAAAUAUGAAACCAAUGAUUUUUAAAUAAUUAAUACGAAUAUUUUUUUUCGUUGUUUUCAACCGCUCUAAAAAUCUACAAAAUUUUACAAAAAACUGCAUGGCGAUAUUUUCACGGAUAUUCCUAGGCAAGAGACAUUCCGGCGCAAUGACGUCACUGUACAUUUUAAUACAAUAUUAUAACAAAAAAAAAUAUACGCGAAUGCCUGCUCGAAUGAUUGCACUGGCGUGAAAUGAGAGGCUGUGCUCCGCGCGCUAUAUAUAUAUUAUAUAAAAAUAUAUAAAAAGAGAAAGAGAGAGAUUGUGAUGAUGAGAACGAGAGAAAAGUGUAACGGAAAGAAUGUUUUUUCUACACGAUUAUAAAUGUUAGCAUAAUUCGAAGGCAUCGAUGUAUGGUGCUAAAAAUCACACACAUUCUGUCCUACUCUCAAAGCUUCCACCAACCUACCCUAAUCGUAACAAUCCCUCGCUCGCGCGAUGUUUAUGUAGGAGACAAGAAGAGGAUGACGAAGAAAAAGAGGAAGAAGAAAUAUCCCGAGAAUGCGUAGUGGAGAUGAAUAUGGUCGCUCUUACGCGAGCAUCCCCCAUCGUCGCUAUCAUUAUUACAUUUUAACUGAUACGUUUUUAUUACUACAUUAUAUUGUAUGUUGUUAAAGUUGGAUGAUGGUUAAUAAUAAAUCGUGUGUCUCGAGCACAGUUUGUUAUAUAA